UAUACCACAAAUAAUGAGACUAAAACAUUGCCCUGGGGUACUCCACUUAUCUUUCCCAUCAAAAAUUGCAACAUUCACUUGUACUGUCUGCUUGAUAGGUCUAAAAUAAAGGAACAAGGCUACAGACAAAAGCCAGAUUGGUGAGGAUCAUUGUGCUGGAACAUCAUUAUCUUUUCAUAGACGCCUGCUCCUAGGAGCUGCCACCAGGGGACGGCCACGGCAGAAGAGUUUCCAACUGUAACGCAUCACAGCAAUACUAGGGAUGCUAACACAGGCCUCCCCACAGAGCAGCAGAGGGCAGAGGGUGGCGUGCGGCCCUGCAUCGCAUCAAAUCAGCUGCCCCAUCACGGCCGUUCCCACGCCCGUCAUUCUGGGCGAAGGAGAACCUCGGGUGGCAGGCAGCACAGCGGGGGAGGCGGCGGUGCCAGGCCAGGAGGAAUUUGGCGAUGACAUUUACCGUCUGGCGAGGGAGCAGCCGUGGGUGGUGGCAGCAACUCAUCGAGCGGCGUGGAGGAGGGAGCCGCCAGGGUGGACCACGCCUACAGCCUGCACGUCACCGCCCGCCAUGCACUAAGGGCUGUGGGCGUGCAUGACCGCCAACCAAAGACUCAGCCCAGAGGAAGAGCCAGGCCAGCACCACCACAGGGACAGAGGACGAGGAGGAGUGUUCCAACGCUGCUCCAACUCAAGGUUCAUAGGCCACACGCUGAGCCCUGCCAAGAUGUCCUGCCAGGUGGUCAGCCUCCACCCCUACACCUCCCACUGGUUCCUCCUGCUGCCCCACUACAAGGAUGUGCCAAGUAUGCCCUCCAGCCUGCAGUCCUUGGAUGAAACCCUCCACACUCUGACCUGUGUGUUGGCCCGCCAUGUAUACGCCCUCGGCCUCAGCAGUCUGCCGCUGGAGCGCGUCGGUGAACGGCGACUCGUCAGGAGGGGCUUCACCAAGCGCUCCGGCCUGGAUGUUAGUGCUGAGUGUUGCCGCCCGGAUAGUGAAGUCGGUUAGUCUGAAUUGAUCUUAGAAAUCACUACGUUUACCUCAGUUUACUAAGGAGGAAAUUACACUGAAAUCUAGGCGUCCAGAUUCUGAUGUGCAGGGAUUUCUAAGGGAUGUGAGUGCCUGAGUGUUGCUGUUGGUGCCGUGGAAGUCCAGGAGUCUGAAUUGGUCUGAAAAAUCCCAGUGAAAUUUAUUUUUGCUAAAGGGGAUUUUGUAAGCUGAAAUAUAGUUGUCCAAAUUCUGAAAUGCAGGAAAUUCAUAAAAGUAACAAGUGCCAGAGUCUUGGUAGUGAUUCAGUAACAGUCUGUCAGUACAAUGCUCUAAAGAAUCUUAAUUUUGUAACCUGAAUUUACUGAGGUGGGAAGUUGUCAGCUGAUGCAGGAUUGCCCAAAGAGACAUCCUACCUACCAUCCUGUCCUUCAUCCCAUCCUAAAACACAUCCUAGCACCCUGUCCUUGAACCCAUCCUAAAACACAUCCUAGCACCCUGUCCUUGAACCCAUCCUAAAACACAUCCUAGCACCCUGUCCUUGAACCCAUCCUAAAACCCAUCCUAGUACCCUGUCCUUGAACCCAUCCUAAAACCCAUCCUAGUACCCUGUCCUUGAACCCAUCCUAGCACCCUGUCCUUCAACACAACCUAAAACACAUCCUAGCACCCUGUCCUUGAACCCAUCCUAAAACACAUCCUAGCACCCUGUCCUUGAACCCAUCCUAAAACACAUCCUAGCACCCUGUCCUUGAACCCAUCCUAAAACACAUCCUAGCACCCUGUCCUUGAACCCAUCCUAAAACACAUCCUAGUACCCUGUCCUUGAACCCAUCCUAAAACACAUCCUAGCACCCUGUCCUUCAACACAACCUAAAACACAUCCUAGCACCCUGUCCUUGAACCCAUCCUAAAACACAUCCUAGUACCCUGUCCUUGAACCCAUCCUAGCACCCUGUCCUUGAACCCAUCCUAAAACACAUCCUAGCACCCUGUCCUUCAACACAACCUAAAACACAUCCUAGCACCCUGUCCUUGAACCCAUCCUAAAACCCAUCCUAGUACCCUGUCCUUGAACCCAUCCUAGCACCCUGUCCUUGAACCCAUCCUAAAACACAUCCUAGCACCCUGUCCUUGAACACAUCCUAAAACACAUCCUAGCACCCUGUCCUUGAACCCAUCCUAAAACACAUCCUAGUACCCUGUCCUUGAACCCAUCCUAAAACCCAUCCUAGUACCCUGUCCUUGAACCCAUCCUAGCACCCUGUCCUUCAACACAACCUAAAACACAUCCUAGCACCCUGUCCUUGAACCCAUCCUAAAACACAUCCUAGUACCCUGUCCUUGAACCCAUCCUAGCACCCUGUCCUUGAACCCAUCCUAGCACCCUGUCCUUCAACACAUCCUAGCACCCUGUCCUUGAACCCAUCCUAAAACCCAUCCUAGCACCCUGUCCUUCAACACAUCCUAGCACCUUGUCCUUGAACCCAUCCUAAAACCCAUCCUAGCACCCUGUCCUUGAACCCAUCCUAAAACACAUCCUAGCACCCUGUCCUUGAACCCAUCCUUUCCCUUUUGUCUCAUCAACACCAGAGAGCAGUUCAGCAUGCUCUCUAAAGGCAGUUCCUCUCUCUUUUUACACCACACAACAUUCACACAACACACACACCUUUCCCAAAAUUAAAAAUUUAAAAUGGCGAAAAAUUACAGAGCCUCGGAGUCCCCGCCUGGGGGGGGGAUACCAUAAAUUCCCCCAGGGAGGACUCCCCUUCUGGCUGCCGACUUGAGAGGCGUCAUGAUAACUCCUAAAAACCUCCUCCUUAUCAAUUUCUGCAACAUUCGCAGUCUUUGUUCUAAUUUUCAUUCUUUGGAACACCAUUUCUCCUCCUCUAAACCUCACCUUCUCUUCCUCACCGAAACACAGGUUUCUGAGGGUACUGACAGCAAUCUCUACUCUAUUCCCUCCUACUAUCUCUAUCCUAAAUUUCAAUCCAAAGUUGGAUGUUGGGCCUACGUGCGCAACGACAUCACUUGCUCUCGUGCCCACAACCUUGACUCCAGAAUUUUCUACCAUCUGGCUAAGACUUCAUUGUCAUUCUAUUACUAAAUACAUCUGUGCUGUUUAUCUCGCACCUAACUCUACUAACUAUGUAAAAUUCUUUGACUAUUUGAACUCAAAAGUGGAGCACAUCUUGACCCACUCUCCCUUCGCUGAAAUCUCCAUCUUAGGAGAUUUCAAUGUUCACCACCAGCUUUGGCUUUCAUCCUCUUUCACUGACCAGCCAUGUGAACAAGCCUACAACUUUGCUCUCCUCAAUGACCUAGAGCAGUUGGUUCAGCACCCUACUCGUAUUCCCGACCGUCUUGGAGACAGGCCUAACAUUCUACACAAAGAAAACCUCUUCCUUACCUCUAAUCCUUCUGCUUACUCUGUCAAACUGUUCUCUCCGUUGGGCUCCUCCGAUCAUAACCUUAUUUCUGUAUCCUGUCCUAUCGCUCCUGUACACCCUCUGGACCCACCGAAGAGGCGAUGCUUCUGGCAUUUUGCUUCAGCUCGGUGGGACGACCUGAGGAUGUACUUUUCCGAUUUCCCGUGGAAUGAUUACUGCUUCCAGGAGAGAGACCCCUCUGUGUGUGCCCAGCGCAUCAUGGAGGUGAUUGUCUUAGGAAUGGAGGCAUACAUUCCACGUUUUUUCUCUACUCCUCAUGCUAAAAAGCCUUGGUUUAAUCAUGCUUGUUCUCGUGCUAUAAAAGAUAGAGAGACAGCUCACAAAAGGUUCCAGAGCCUUCAAACACCCGCUAACUUUGACCUUUACGUUUCAGCCCGGAAUCGUGCCAAAUCUAUUCUCCGACUUACCAGAACUUCUUUUAUCAAUAGAAAAUGUCAACAUCUUGCUUCUUCUAAUUCUUCCCGUGAUUUCUGGCAUCUAGCCAAAAAUAUCUCCUCCAAUUUUACUUCUUCCUCUUUCCCUCCUCUCCUUAACCCUGACGUUAGCACUGCCGUCUCAUCUAUCUCUAAGGCUGAACUCUUCGCUCAAACUUUCUGUAAGAACUCCACCCUGGACGAUUAUGGGCAUAUUCCUCCUACUCAUCCCCCCUCUGACUCCUUUAUGCCUGCUAUUAAAAUUCUUCCAAAUGAUGUUUUCUAUGCCCUCUCUGGCCUCAACUCUCAGAAGGCUUAUGGACCUGAUGGAGUGCCUCCUAUUGUCCUUAAAAACUGUGCCUCCGUGCUGACACCCUGCCUGGUCAAA